AUGGCACGUGCGUCGACCUUUCUUUUAACAAUAGCAAGUGUUAUUUUGACUUCGCUUACCGUUGGAAACGCUUUUUUCCAGAAAAAGCAAUUUUAUCCAUCUGUUGUCUACAUUACAAAAAGUAGUCCUUCCAUGGCAGUGAUGUAUGUACAAGGAUUAGUGGUCGCAUAUAUGAUUUUUCAAAUCAUUAGGAAAAUAUUUUUCGGUGAAUUACGUGCUGCUGAAUAUGAGCAUCUAUCGGAGAGAACAUGGCAUGCGAUCAUGGAGACAUGUUUGGCAUUUACUGUGUUUCGCGAUGAUUUCUCUCCCCGUUUUGUAAUGCAAUUUGUUUUUCUGCUGUUUAUCAAAUUAUUUCAUUGGCUUAGCGAAGAUCGGGUGGAUUUUAUGGAGCGAAGUCCAAUUAUAACUGUAUUGUUCCAUUGCAGGAUGAUGUCAUUGCUUGCCUUUUUGAGUGCUCUGGACAGUUAUUUUAUAUCACAUGCAUAUUUCACAACACUCGUUCGCGGCGCGUCCGUGCAAAUUGUAUUUGGGUUCGAGUAUGCAGUCUUAAUGACAGUUGUGUUGCAUGUAACAAUUAAAUAUAUUUUGCACAUGCAUGACUUACGGAAUGUGCAUCCAUGGGAGAAUAAAGCUGUUUAUUUACUCUAUUCGGAACUCCUUAUCAAUUGCCUCCGUUGCAUUUUAUAUAUUAUUUUUGUGGCCGUAAUGAUACGUUUGCAUACUUUCCCAUUAUUUUCAAUCCGUCCACUUUAUCUUACUAUUCGAGCAUUCCAUAAGGCAAUCAAUGAUGUUAUACUCUCAAGACGUGCGAUACAUGCUAUGAAUAAUCUGUUUCCACUAGCUACUGAACGGGAUCUAUUGCAGGGUGACAAUACAUGUAUAAUCUGCCGUGAAGAGAUGACACCAGUUAGUGGAGCAAAAAAACUACCAUGCAAUCAUAUUUUCCAUGCAAACUGUCUCCGUUCAUGGUUCCAACGACAACAGAGCUGCCCCACUUGUCGUACUGAUAUUUUAGCACAACGAAGGACAACACCAACAUCACCGGUUGCUGGAGGAGCAGCUGCACCUAUGGCUGGACCUGCUCAAGGACGACAAAAUAUUGGGGGAGUCCAGCCUGCAAAUAAUGGAGGUGAAAUUCCAAAUAUGUUUCCGUUCAUGGCUCAAUUCGCUUUUCCGCAACAACAACAGCAACAACCGCAAGCUGGAACUAGCUCAGCUGGUCAACGAAAUGAUAGUGGCAACGCUGUACCUCAGAUGCCAUCCUCUACUGCAAGUUUCAAUAUGCCUCAGUUCCCAGCUACACCGUCGGGAUUUCCAUUCAUGGCAAUACCACCAUUUGCGGUACCUCCAAUAUUUCCACCGGUUCCUAGCUUUGUUGGUCUAACGGAUGAAGAAGUUGCUGCUAUGGAAGGGACCGAACGAGCAGCUGUCGAAGCACGUAUCAAUUGUAUUCGUAAUAUUGGCUUAUUGUUGGAUGCAGCAACCAUGCAGCUACAACAGUACAUGAUCAUCGUGCAAUCACUCAGUAUUCCGACUUAUACAGCCGCAGCAACAAAUCCAGCUUAUGCAGCUGCAGCAACAAAUACGACUGCACCACCCAAUGAUGCAACAUUACAUGGUACUCCGGCAGCUUCUUCCGCUGUCGCGGAAAAUUCAGUUCGUGAGUCAUUGUGUCAUGAACCUGUUCUUAGCGAUACACCAAUGGCUAGUUCGAGUGAAGUUAAAUUGGAUAAAAAUCCGCCAAUAUCAUGUGUCAAUAGUACAGCACCAACUUGUUCUGCUUCAACUACCGAACUGGAUGAAAUUCGACAACGAAGGCUUCAGAAAUUUGGUCCUACAACAUCAUCAUUAUCAGAUAAUGGCAAUGAUUAA